ACGAAAUCUAAAAGACACAGUGAGCAGGUUUGAAGCUGGAGGAUAACACCCUGCAAUGCAGCAGCUAAACGGGUUUCCAUGGAAACGAAUCACAGGAACUGACCAAACUCAUUCAGAAAGUCCAGUUGACAAAUGUGACGGUCUGUAGCUCUCCAACUUCUUUUGCUGUUCUUGGUCCUACUACCACCAAUCAGCUGCUCAGAGUCAACCAGUGGGCUUUGCACCUCAAUCUACUGACUCUGAGCCAGCAGAGUUUCAGAUUCAGUGUCUGGUGGACUCUGCUGCUCCAGAACCACGUGACUCUUCCUGCUUUAGGCCAACACUGCCGAUAAACUAUUGCUGCAGACAGGAAUACAGGAUUUCAGCUGGAAACUUUGUGGAUUGUCGCACAGGGAACAUGGACGACUACAGCAUGUAUGGUCAUCUGUCUGAUGAGGAGCUGCUGCAGAUCGCUGUGGAGAGAAGCCUUGCAGACAAACUCUUUCCAGAUCAGCGGACAUCCUCAGCAUCAUCAUCAUCCUCUUCUGUCCAGCACAAUCCAAACCCCAGAGGGAGACAUCACGACUCCUCCAGACACCAGCUUUAUGUCCCUUCAACCCCCCCCCAUAUAACAAGGGAUCCCCCCACAGCCCUGUCACGGCUUCUCUUAAGAGCCCACAAAACAGAGCUUAGUCCAUUACAGACUCUGAUUUUACAUGGAGAUGCUGAAGCUUUGAUGGAUUUGGUCAAACAGGGGUCUGGUGGUCUGACAGAACCAAACAUUGAUGGAUGGAUUGCUCUUCAUGAAGCUGCUUAUUAUGGGCAGCUACAGUGCGUAAGAAUCCUCAGCGAAGCUCACCCGGACUCUGUGAAUUCAUGUACUGUGAAGAACCAGACCGCUCUGUGGCUCGCUGCCAGUAGAGGUCACAUUUCCUGUGUUGACUUUCUCCUUAAGCACGGAGUCGACAUAAACGUCGCCGACAAGAACAGAGACACCCCACUGUUCAAAGCUUGUGAGCAUCCCAACGAAGCCAUUGUGGACCUGCUGCUCAGGUCUGGGGCUCAGGUCAAUCGCUCCUGCAGCCAGGCAGGAACUGCUCUUCAUGAGGCCUGCAGGCAUGGAGAGCUGAAUCUGUGCAGGAUGUUGCUGAAGGCAGGAGCCAGUCUAAAAGUCCGAAACAUCUAUGGCAUUCAGCCUUUAUUUGUCGCUGCACAACAUGGACACGGCAGCAUCAUCCAUCUAUUUGCUGAGGAAGGUGCAGAUGUAAACGGUCAGGCAGGUGAUGGAGCCUCCCCACUGUAUGAAGCCUGUAAGAACGGCCAUGCUUCCUCUGUGGAGGCACUGCUUUCUCGCAAAGCUGAUGCAAAUCAAGCCACAAAAUCCAACCUUCUGCCUCUUCACGUAGCUGUCCAGAACAAUCACAAACGAAUUGUGUCUAUGCUCAUCCCAGUCACCAGCACAGUCAGGCUGCAGCGCAGCGGCAUCAGUCCUCUGCAUAUAGCUGCAGAUAAGAACUGGGACGACAUCCUGGAGCUGCUGAUCGAGUCUGGCUUUGACGUUGAUGCCAAGUUGUCAGAUGAAUGGUCAAAGAUGUACGAGGACCGGCGGAGUACUGCUCUCUACUUCUCAGUUUACAACAAAAACCUGGAGGCUGCUGAAAUGCUGCUGAAGGCUGGAGCCAACCCCAACUUGGACAUCUUCAACCCACUACUAAUCGCUGUCCGGCUCACCUGGAUGGACAUGGCCACUCUGCUACUAAACUACGGUGCUGAUGUAAAUGCUCAGAUCUCCACGCAGCCGUCUUCAUUCCCAUCGGUCAUCCUGCUGGGCAUGGAGAGUCUGAACAUGCUCAAACUGCUGCUGAACAAUGGCUGUGAUGCCAAAUCCUGCUUCGACUGCCGAUAUGGGCAACAACCUCAUCCAGCUGAAGAAAUGCCUGCUGGCGAAGGUGCACCUGCACAACAAACAAUUCAGUUCUGUGAGGUUGUCUCCAGCGUGUCUUUAUGUCAGAUCAUUGGUCCUAUCAUCUCUUUGCUUUUGAACUACGUCCCUCAUGUCCGUCUUUGCUCUCGACUGCUGGAGGCUCUGGAGAAGAGCAGCGACUGGGCACAGAUCCAACUACAAGCUUCUCCUCCUCAUUCUCUGAUGCAGCUCUGCAGGUUGGAAAUUAGAUGUCUGGUUGGAGUUCGACGACUCAGACUGCUCCACAUUCUGCCACUACCUCCAAGAGUCAUUCGCUUCCUGCAUUAUGAAGUCCACUGUCCAUCUGCAUGAAAUCAUUUUAAAAGUGACCAGCUGGCAAGCAGGAAGUCUUCCUCUGAGGGUUUUCUCUGUCCAGCAUCUUCAAGAGGAGGCUCAGAGCUGAGCAGCUGAAGUCCUGUUUCCAGGAAUAAUGAAAAAUAUUCCAGUUAAAGAAUUAAACAUUUCAGACCCUCAAUCCAAAACAGUAAACAGCAGAAAACAAAUUAAGGUUAUAUAAAACACAGAAAAGUUCUGCAAAUUUUAACUUAGGAAACUAAUGUGCAUGAAAUGGGAAUACUUCAGUAUACAAACAUUACAGUGGUUUGAUUGUGUUUUCGUCUUCUGUUGUGUAAAUACAAAAAAAUCUGUAAAAUUCAAGAUUCCAUCACUUAAAAUGUUAAAAAUCCUGCAAGAAAAUAUCCUCUGUCCUAAAUAUUUGAAAAGUUAAUUAAAUUAAGGAAAAUCA